ACAACGCAGGGUCCUAGAACCCCAAACCAUCUUGCCCACCAUCCCCAGGAUCCUCCUUCUGCCCCCACGCAGCACCCCCUCACCCCCGCCUCUGGGCCACCUCAGGGAAGGGGGAAGGUUUGGGAGAGGACUGAGGGUCAGAGUCCAAAGAUCAGCCGCUGCCCAAACCUCGUGUGUGGCGUGAGACGGGCAGCAGGCAGCAGAGCUCAGAUGCAGACCACUGAAUUCAAGGGCAUGGCCCUCGACAGGGUCCCGAGGAAGGUGGGGAUAGUGGGCUACGGCCGCCUCGGUGCUGUGUGCUCUCAGGCAAGGCCCUUACCCUCUCUGGUCCUCGCUCACCCAAACGUGAAACAGGACAAGCCUCCAUCCUCUUUCCCCUCCCAGGCCAGAGUGAAACAUGACAGGCCUCCACAGACUCAGGGAACCUUGGGAGCAGGGGGAGAUCCAAUACCACUUCGAGGCCUUCCCCGCCUCUCUCCCAUCUCCCAGGCACCCUGACGUUGUGGUGGAAGUGGCCCAUCCCAAAAUAAUCCAGGAAUCUGGGGCAGAAAUCCUGCGCUACGCCAAUCUCCUGGUGGGGUCCCCCUCAGCCCUGGGUGACCAGGCCACAGAGCGGCAGCUCCUGGAAGCCUCACAUCGCUGGGGCCACGCUGUGUUCGUGGCCCGGGGGGCCCUGUGGGGCGCGGAGGACAUCACCAGGUUGGACGAAGCCGGGGGCCUCCAGAGCCUCCGUGUCACCAUGGCCACACACCCCGAUGGCUUCCGGCUCGAGGGACCCCUGGCUAUGAUGCGCAGCACUGGGCCUCGCGCUGUGCUCUAUGAAGGCCCUGUUCGCGGGCUCUGCCCCCACGCCCCCCGAAACUCCAACACCAUGGCGGCCGCUGCCCUGGCCGCCCCCAGCCUGGGCUUCGACCGUGUGAUCGGGGUGCUUGUGGCUGAUUUCAGCCUCAAGAACGUGCACGUGGUGGAUGUGGAGCUGAGCGGACCCCCGGGCCCCACAGGCCGAACCUUCGCUGUGCACACGCACAGAGAGAACCCCGCAGAGCCAGGCGCUGUCACCGGCUCUGCCACCGUCACCACCUUCUGGCGCAGCCUCGUGGGUACGGCCAGGCUCCUCCUGGGCACUAGCAGCCCCUCUCCGCAAGCCCCAGGCAGAGCUUGAGUCUCAGGCUUUCUGAGUCUGCAGUUCUGAUUCCGUCUCUGUCGAUUGAUCUUUAUUUCUGAGUCUCCUUAACCUUCUUCUCCACGACGUUGUCUUUAUAGAUCCCUCUCUCUCUCUCCCCAAGUCUCCUCUCCCAGCCUCUGUGUCCCUGUCUCUUGGGGACUCUAGCACAUACGUGAGUCUCUCCACCUGCCAGGUGUCUAUCCCUCUUCCUCUAGGUUUUGGCCCCCCUCUCUGGGUCUCUGUUCCCUUCUGAGUCUCAGUCCCUCCCUCUAAGUCUUUCUCCGUCCCCACGGUGGCCUGUUCCUUCUUCCAGGUGUCUGUCUCUCCUCAUCUCUCUGUCUUAGCCUUUCAUUCCCCGUAUCUCCCCCGCAGGGUGCUGCCAGCUCCCCUCCAAGCCGGGGAUCCAUCUCUGCUGAGAAGCCCCCCCUUCCCAAGAGGACUUCCUCAUCUCAUUAUUUACCUCCCACCACCACCGACCCACUGCUGCCCUGGCCUCAGUGUCCCCAGCCAUCCCUCUGGUCUCAGUAAACAUUGGACGCUCUUCUC